ACAGUACAUACCACGAUAGAUUGAAAUCAAGAGCGUCUCUGCCAACUUAAUGCUACACACAAGAAUGGUCUCUAUAUAUCAUGCCUACUAAGUGUUUGAUCAUUUGUCUCAACGAAUAAUCAUUACAACUAUUUUACUGAAUCUACACUUUUCAAACACACCCACUAGACUUUCUUUAUCACCAGCAAAACCCCAUUUGAAUUAGCCAUGGUUGAGUCCAUAUGGAUACAGUUUUUACAUACAAGCAAGAAAGGCAAAAAAGGUCUUAUCUUUCUUCACUAAAGCCCACAAGUUCAAAUCUUUCUAAGCCUUUUAGUGUUGUCACAUUGUGGGUUGCAAAGUCUUUGAAGAAUCUUGGGUCUAAGGGGAAAGAUUUGAGGGGGUUUAGUGAUAAUGUGGUGGUGAAUAACUCUGUGUAUUGUGCUUCACCUUUUUGUCUUGAGGAGUAUAGUAUGGAGGGGUUUGUUGAGGAAAGUGGAGUUCUUGGGGAGAAAAGAGACGGGGUUGUUGUGAAUGAGUGCGGAGUUGAAGAGGAGUGUGGGGAGAGUUGUUCAGGGUCUGAGUGUUUGGCAUCAGGGAAUGAGGAACAUAGUAGCUCUGAGGGGUUUUCGUCGCCUCCUUCAUUGAGAUGGAAUGUUGUUGAUGUUGAGAAUGGUUCUGAUGAUGUUGGACUAGAACCGGAGAGGCCUAAGGUGGAUGAUCAGAAGUUGGAGAAGCAAAUGUCUACAUUUUCGGAAAUUGAGAUGAUGAAGGAAAGAUUGUCAAAGUUAUUGCUUGGGGAAGAUAUGUCUGGUUGUGGAAAUGGGGUUUGUACAGCAUUGGCGAUUUCAAAUGCAAUUACUAAUCUGUGUGCCACCCUCUUUGGCCAAAUUUGGAGAUUGGAACCUCUACGUCCUGAAAAGAGAUCGAUGUGGAAAAGGGAAAUGGAGUGGCUUCUUUGUGUUAGUGAUCACAUUGUGGAAUUGAUACCAUCUGUGCAAACAUUUGCUGAUGGAAGCAAGCUUGAGGUGAUGACUUGCAGACCCAGAAUUGAUCUUUAUGUUAAUCUGCCAGCUCUCCGCAAAUUAGACAACAUGCUUCUAGAAAUAUUGGACAGCUUUGAUUCUACUGAGUUCUGGUAUGUCGACCAAGGUAUCAUGGCUCCUGAAGCUGAUGGAUCAUCCUCUUUUAGAAAGCACCAACGCCAAGAGGAGAAAUGGUGGCUGCCAGUUCCCAGAGUUCCCACCAGUGGCCUCAGUGAAAAUGCAAGAAAACAGUUGCAGCACAAACGUGAUUGCACCAACCAAAUACUGAAAGCUUCUAUGGCAAUCAACAGUGUCACAUUAGCUGAUAUGGAAAUUCCACUGUCAUUCUUGGAAGGCCUUCCGAAGAAUGCAAGAGUUUGCUUGGGAGAUCUUAUACAUCGAUAUAUUACAUCUGAUCAGUUUACACCAGAAUGUCUACUAGAGUGCAUUGACUUGUCUUCAGAACAUCAAGCAUUGGAGAUAGCGAACCGAGUGGAGGCAUCAAUUUAUGUCUGGCGUAGAAGAACCAAUACGAGGUCUGUAAGUAGCUUGAGCAGAUCCAGUUCAAGAUCAUCAUGGGGAAUGAUGAAGGAUCUCGUAAUUGAUUCAGACAAGAAGGAAUUACUUGCAGAAAGAGCUGAAAGCCUUCUGUUGUGCUUGAAGCAGCGUUUUCCUGGGCUCCCUCAAACCACCUUGGACAUGAGUAAAAUCCAAAGCAACAAGGAUGUUGGAAAAUCCAUUUUAGAGAGCUAUUCGAGAGUUUUAGAGAGCCUAGCGUUCAACAUUGUAGCACGUAUUGAUGACCUGCUUUAUGUUGAUGACUUGACAAAACAUUCAGAUCAGUUACUACCCAUUCCUAAAGUUGGUGUCAUGACUCAAAAGAGUAUCGGGGUCCCAUUCGCAGUGCCAAUCACAGGCACUCCGUAUAAAACAGCUUUUAACACUCCAAAAUUCUCACCUACACAGCUACUUACCCCUGCCAAGGGUGAUUCAUCACCAUUAAUUGAUAGCAGCAUGCUUCCUCAACGCGGGGUUGGUGUCCAAAAGGUCUUGACAGAAUUUCUUAGUAUGGAAGCAAAAGAGGAAAACUAUGAUAAUCAACUCAGAAGAUCUAAUUCCUGUUUAAAUGCAGUUCAAGAAUCAUCAGGAUCUCAGCCAGUAGUAGAAACCUUCAACUGCCCAGAAGAUGUCAGCUCCCCACAACAUCCCUUCGUUGGAAAACCCGAUAUCUGAUUUUGAUCCAGCUGCCCGAGCUUCUUCCUCUCGGCUUGCUGAUUAAUGCAAGCUUUUCUUGGAUACGGUCGAUGUAAAUUUCAAACUACAUAAAAUUGCACAUUUAUCAGUAGUUUAUGCUGGUAAAAUAAGUAAUUUGUAUAUCUUAGAUAUGUUUACUGUUAUGUGUGA